UGUGCGACGAUCAGAAGCAGGCAGAAGGAGGCGAUCCACGGCAGGCUCCAUAGGCGGCAAGGCAAGGAUGGAUGAGCAAGAUGAUAAAAACACAAAGGCUGAGCUGAAACUUUGCGGUGACAUAGCUGUUAAGAGAAAGAAUUACCGUGGCGCGUCCGCAUUCUACAGCGAGGCAAUUGAGCUGGACCCUAGUGAUGCGACGCUGUACGCAAACAGGAGCCUUUGCUACCUGCAAAUGACUGAAGCAGGUAAGGCAUUGCGUGAUGCUAACACCUGCAUAAAACUGCGGCCCGAAUGGUUAAAAGGUUACUACAGGAAAGGAGCUGCUCUCAUGUCGUUCAAGGAGUACAAAGAAGCAUGUGACGCAUUCGAGGCCGGACUGAAACUGGACCCUGGAAACACCGAGAUGGAGAAAGUAUUCCAGGAGGCAGUUGAGGCGAUGAAAAAGGAUGACAUGGCCAAAAAAAGAGAAAAUGCUUCAAGCCAUCCAGCUAGAGAAAAACAGGCACGCAAAGGGCGUGGCCGCAACACCCGUUGAGCUGCUCCAACAACGUACGUAGGGGAUUGUACUAAGCCACAGCCAGCCACCGCUUGCAUCACUAUGGAUUUGACUGAAUUUCACACAAUAUUGAGGAAAUGUACACUGUAGCUGUGAGACUGUGAGAUUGCUUUUUCAAUUGCACCGUUUGCAAUGACCACUUCCAUUGCAACUUGGUCCAGUUUUAUCACCAAAACUGGCAGCUAUCUGUUAGCCUAGCUAUCACCGAUAUUAGCAGCUAUCUGUCAUCCUA